UUCGAUACUUCUCUCUCCUCAGUCUUCUGAAAUUGAUCCAAAACAUACCCAAUCCCUCCCAAAAUCAAGAUUUGACCUUUAUCUCCAAAAGAUUCGAAAAGUGAGAAUUCCACAGUAACAGUCUGAUCAAAGCAGGUCACGGACUUGAUUCUGGAAUCUACGACAGUGGAGGAUCACUAUCAUGGCGAAGAUGUGGGGGAUAUUUAGGGAGUAUGGACCACCAGGCGAAAUUCCAGAAAACUUGUAUACAAUGGAGAUUUUUCAUGGUGGUUAUUUUGACAAGAAGUUGGAUGGCACAUGGAAGUACAAGGUUCCCAAGUUUAACAAGUUGGGGGGGAAGAUAUACCUUGAUGGUCUAGAUCCUGAUUUGAUCUCAUGGGUGGAGAUGAAUAAUAUUGCUCAUGCAUUGGGGUACAGGGAGAAGCCAAUCUCUUACCACUUCAAGAUACCUCGAACACCACCCAAUGAAGGAUUCAUACAGAUCAAGAGUGAUGGAGAUGCCAUAGAGAUGGUGAAGAUGAUACCAUUGAAGAAGAGGCAGAUAACUGUGUACAUUACAGGUGGGGGUCCUAGGAAAAAAGAAGAAGCAUAUGCUGAGUUUGCAUUGCCACCCGAUGAAGAUUUUGUCAAUCCUUUGAACAAUCAGACUUUAAGAGAUAAGGAAAGGGUUUUUUUUGAAGCAAACUUGAUGGCUAGCCAGUUAUAUAGUGAACGAUAUGGAGUAAAUGCAGUUGGUGGCUCAGCUAGAGUAAAUGCAGAAGUAGAGGCAGAAAUUAUUGAUCUUGCAAAUGAUAGUGGUUCUGCUGGCAAUAUUGUGGGUGAGGAUAGGAGUGGAGUAAAUGUGGAAGGUGGACCAAGUCAGUCCACUUUUGCUGGUUUAUCUGAUAUUGUACCAGACAUCAUGGGUUCACAAGCAUGUGUCGGCCAAGGUGAGGUGGGGCAGGGUGGUAAUACAGCAACAAGACAUGGGCAUAUGGGUAACUUGCAGCCCCCUAAAGCUAAACCUAGAAGGGUGAAACACACUGCUAAAAGAUUGUGGCCUACAUCUGCCAGGAAUGCUUUGAACAAAAAACUAGAGGAUAUAGAGAAGAGGGCUAGAGAGGACGGUGAGAAAAGGGAAAGAGAGGAGUUUGAGAGAGCUGAGAGAGAGGCUGCCGAAUUCAGAGAGAGUCAAGCUUCUGCUGCAGUUAGUGUUGAAGAAGUUGAGCAAAGGGAAAGAGAAAAAGCAGAAAAAAAAAGAAAGGGAGGCUGCUGAGCAGAAGGCAAGGGAAGAAGCAAAGCUAAGAGAAAGGGA